GGAGGCGCUCUCAACGCCGCGCCAAAAGCCGCAGCACAGCCGCACCAGGAGCCAAGCACCGGCUGCCCGCGGGUGCCCGAAGCCCGCGCCGAGGCCCACGCCAAGCCCACGGACCGCCCGCGCGGGCAGCCAGCCACCAUGGGCGCCGCCGCCAAGGAGCGCCCGACGUCCGUGCGGGACCAGUACGAGAAGCUCCUCAAGGCGCCGAAGCCCGUCAUGCGCAUCGAUGGGAGGGUCCAGGCCUCGAACCGACUCUACAGCAAACACCGAAAGACGCUCGAGCAGACCGCGCAUCGCAAACCGGGCUCCGACAAGAAGGGCACGGACCACACGUGCGAUCUCCGCGUUUUGAGGUGUGGAGGCGCCUUCACUUUGUUGAUGUGACUCGUGUCCAUGAGACGAGGUCGUGGGUCGUUUCUUUUUCGACUUUGAGGCCAUUCUUGACAGAAAUGCUCCGCGCAGGCUCCCCUACUCGGCGACGCACGAACACCUGAGAUUUGGUUCCAAAACCUACGGGGCCAAGAAGAAGGCCGCCCACAACGAAAGACAAAGGGAGAUCCGGAGCGCGAACGUCGGGUUGAUAAAAAGGUUCGCUAGCAUUAUUUCGACGCCCACCGAAUUUGAAGUGGCGGCGGUGGAACACAAGAUCUCGAAUAGUAAGAACAUCAUCGGCGCGAAAAGAGAACAACGGCGCAUCAACGCGGCGAACGCGUACCACGCCGAACGGCUCCGGAAGCUCAACCCCUGCUACUCGUCGAAGCAGUGGGACAAGGAUCGCAUGGACCAGUUGGUGUUCCUGAAGCGGCACAUGAAGGACUUUUCGCUGCUCGACCAAAAGUCGAAGUGCGCUGCCUUGGAACCGGAGCCGUCGAUGUCGGAAAUAUCGAGGGCGAGGGACGCGUGGUGUAAACGAAGAGCCCGGACGACUCCGGAGAGAGAAGCGAAGGUCCGGUUAGCCGUGGAAAGAGCGAAGCAUCGGUUGGUGCAGAGGGAUCGCGAUUUAGCUGCAUUGGCCUCGGGCAAGACGCGACGACUGGCCAAGAUGAAGGCUAGACUGAAAGGAGAAACAGAAAGUGAAGACGAGUACGCCGACGACGACUUCGAGAUGCCCGCGGGUUUUGAUUUUGAGGGUCCCGCGGCGCGGCCCGGAACCACAAAACCGAAAAAACGCUUUCACGAAGGAAGGCCGGGCACGACGGUUGGUAGAGGACGAGGUACGGCCUCGGAGGUGAGGGGCGACGACGGCUUCCACCCCGACGAGAAUUAUGGGGACGAUGGUGCUGACUCAGCGUCUGUUUCCUUCAAUUUCUCAACUUGAACUUCGCGUCGAUGGCGUCAACGCGAUGCGAUGCCACCGUGACGCCGUCGAUGCGACCGCAUGGGCGUCUACGCGCCUCGUGAGUGAACGGAGACAGUUUCGUGACGGUGUCGUUCCCACACAGGAUUUGACGAAGACGAUUCAGACUACGAUCAACCAGGUGCGGAACCUAGAAGGGUGCGGACGCCCAAUACGAGACCCGUGACGCCGCUGCCCGAGCCGAUCAUCGACCGCGACUUCCUGGACCGCGACUACGACACGCCCUACACGGUCGGGCGGUUUCCCCUCAAAAAGAGCGAGCCCGUGCCCGUCAGUAAAGCGGGAGAGGCCCGCCAUUUAGUAAGGAGAGACGACCUGAAGGCUUGUGAUGCGAGUGGGAAGCCGAAUCUACCUUUAGAAGUGGAAGUCGAGACGCAGAGACGUGGCGACGAAUUUACCAUAACGUUCCUAGCCAAGGUUCGGGGCGGCGGCGGCGCGAAGACGACCCAUCAAGGACGGUUGCCCGUCUUGUGCACCAUGGACGACGCCAUGGCAUCGCAUUAUCUGGAAAGGUUGUGUGAACGCGUCGUCGCGCAAGCGUGCGUCGACUACAACAACGCGAAGUCCGAGGCGGAGUUGCGAGACGAAAGCGCGCUGGCUUCGGACUUAUCGAGAUAUGUGGCCUUCAAGGAGUCCUUCCACGCGCCUCCCUCAUUUACGUCGCCGAAUAAGUAUUCCUAGUACAGUGCAACAUACACACAUGGCGCCGCGAC